AUGUACGCCACACGGCUAUUCCAACUGCUCCUGGUAGCUCUCUCCGUCGUCUGUGUCGCCCAGGCAACAUGGAUCGAUAUCGACAAGGUUCACCAGAAUGAGCGCCGACUCGUUCGAAGAGCAAGCCCUACCCAGGCGGCCGAGCCUAGUUCCGCCGUCGAAGAGACCAAGCCCUCCGACACCAAGGAGGAGGAUCCCGCUUCUGCCUCCCCCACCGAGGACAACAAGCAGACCUCUGCAGCUGAAACCGCCAAACCCUCUGAGCCCACCAACGACUCGAAGCCAUCUGCUACCGAAGCCGAUCCUGCGCCUGAAACCUCCGCCGAACCCGACCCGGAGACCAGCGCUGCUGCCGAGCCCACCAACAAGGCCACUUCCAAGACUGCCGAGAAGACUUCUGCCAAGCCUGCAGAAACUACUGCAUCAUCACCAGCAGAUGACUCCGAGCCCACUGCUUCUCCCUCUGCCAGCGAAGACAACUCUCAGUCUACUCAGCAGGAAGCUCCUGCGACAACAUCCUCCUCCAACAACAGCGGGAACAAAGACGAGGACACGAGCAGCAGCGAUAGCAACGAUGACGGGCCCAGCAAGACUGCGGAGGAGAAGAACACUCGCACCACGGCCCAGCCUGUCACUUCCACUUUCAUCGAUGUUGUCACCAGGACCAACAGCGACGGCAACCUGGAGACCAUGACCACGACCAGCGUGACGACCUCGACUCCCGGCCUUAGCUCGGACGGUAGCGACAGCUCUUCCGGCAUGUCGCCCAAGACCCGCAACACCGUCAUUGGUGUCGUCGUUGGUAUCGGUGGAGCUAUCGUCGUUGGUGCUCUUGCUGUUGUUGCCUGGAGGAUCUGGGGCCGCAAGAAGCACAAUGACGAGGCUGACGGUCUCAUGGACUUCAACGAGACCAACAACAGCAGCGGCCACGGAAUCAACGCCACCAACGGUGCCUACCACGCCGUCGAGAAGACCGAGCCCGGCAGCAUCGGCAGUGCUGGCGGCCCUGGGCGCUCUCCGUUCCAAGCCACCCUUGACAACUACCACCAGCCCACGCAAGUGAACGCCUCAUCCAACUUCUGA